AUGAACACAAGCAUGGACGAUGGAAGUGACGGUGAAAGUACUGAGUACGAAACUGAUGAAGAAGAACAAGAAGAGGAAGAAACCAUUGAUCAGAGAAUGCCUCAAAGAGGUCAAUCUCAACGAAGAGAAGAUGAUGAUUUCGGUCUACACUCUGAAGAGGAAAGUGAAGAAGGUUCUGCAGAUGAAGAAGAAAAUCUUAAUUCAACAGGAAAAUUCACUAGCAUAGGAAAUAAUAAUAAUAACGCUCCAAAGGGUGCUGUUCUUUCAAAUAGAUAUGAAAAUAGAGGAGGAAGCGGUGCUGGUGUUAGAGGAAAUUCUGCAUCAAAACCACCUUCUAAACCUUCUUCAUCUCAAGGAAAAGUUGUUUCAAAUCAACAUUAUGAUGAAGUGUACAUAGCAAAUGAUGACGAGGUUCAUUCUAUACCUAGUCCAGAACAUACACCAAGAGAUAGAAAUCGGAGGAAAGAAGAAGGCGAAGGUGAAGGAGAGGAAGAAUCGGAGGAAGAACACUCUGAAGCUUCUGAGGAUGACUAUGCAAUGAGACCAGGAGCCAGACCAGUUCAACAUCCAGCAUACAAUGCCAAUGAAUCAAACAUGCUUCUUAGUAAGAUGAACAUCUCUAAUGAAUUGAAAGAAUUAUUUACCUACAUUAAUAGAUACAAACCUCAUGAGAUUGAAUUGGAUACCAAGUUAAAACCAUUUAUUCCAGAUUAUAUGGCUGCAGUGGGUGAGCUGGAUCCAUUCAUUAAACUUAAAAGACCAGAUCUUAAAGAAGAUGAAUUGGAUGACCUUGGUUUGAAGGUUAUUGAUGAACCAAAUCCAUCUCAAUCAGAUCCAACAGUUGUAACUUUAGACUUAACAUAUCAAAUGAAGGGAGAUAGAACCUCCAGUACGGCCGCAGAAUCUUCCAAUCUCUCAUCUGGAAUUGUUGCUGCAAAGAAGCCAGAAACAAUUAUUAAGAGUGUAGAAUCUGGAAAUGAUAAAUUAAUUCUUAAAUGGAUUAAUGAUAUUAGGGAGCUUCACAAGAAGAAACCACCACCAACUGUAACUUAUUCAAAGGUCAAUGUUGAUUUUACUCAACUUAUUCAAGCUUGGCCUGAUGCAUUCGAAGAAGAGUUAGCAAAAACAGAUUUACCAGGAGCAGAUUUGGAUGUUGAUUUGGAAGAAUAUGUAAAAAUUAUUUGUAGUUUACUUGAUAUUCCAGUUUACGAUGGUCACUUAAUUGAAUCAUUACAUGUGCUGUUUACACUGUAUUUAGAUUUUAAGACUAAUCAACAUAUUCAAUCUCAAAUGAAUUUUUAA